AGAGGGACAGCCACAUUAGACAGUGGGUGCGAAAAGGAGGGACAAUCUCAUGAUCCGAUGACUCUUAGCAUAGUGCAAGGGUGCUAUACAAGGGAUUAAGAGUUCUGUCUGUUGGAAGGUCAAUUCCAACACUCCUCAUUGGAUCUUGGAUUUAUAGAUUUUUGAGGAAACAAUACGGUGAAAUCCUUUUUUAUCGGUUGUUGCCUGCGUUCGAGCUUUCAGAUAAGCCUGUCUUUCCACUUGAAGAGGAGCACUGAAGGAUAGAACUGGCUGCGUUUGUUGAAACCGUUUUUCCGUGUGUGCCGCGGACCUCGCUGGUCCUUCGUCUGUCUCGGCUGGGUGUCCUAACGUGAUCCUGUCACACCUGUUCCAAGAUUGUAAACACUAUGGGGGACCUGAACGGCACCGGCUUUGACCUGAUCCAGAACCGAAUCGAAUCUCUGAGCAGCAAGAUGGACCGGCUCAUCAACAUCCAAGAGAAGGUCCUCAACAGGCUGGACGGAAUGUCCCAAGACAUCGACGGCAUCGAAAGGGACAAGCUGGAGGGGAUGGAGAAGCUGGUCCUGGGCAUCCAGCAGGUCAUUGGCUUCAUCGGGGAGACGGUGAAGAGCUCCAGGGUGAUGGACCUGAUGUUCAAAGGGCCGGCCGCGCGCAAGGCUCAAAGGCUCAAAGACAAAGGCAAGAAAACUCCCACUACUAAAGCCUCUAAAGGGACUCAAGAAAUAACUCCUGCAUGUGAACCCACUCCACCGGAGCCCACUCACAAGAUAAACCUCCACGGACCAAAACAUUACAUCUCCUCCCGCAAAAUCGGCAACUUUCUGAAAGACAACAAGGGUAAGGAUGGAAAAGACAAGUCCCGUCUGAGCCUGAAAGGUCUGAAAGCGCAGAAGAAGAAGAAGCCUCCAGAUCCUGCAGAUACCAUCUCCCUGAAGAAGCAGGCUUUGCUGCUGGAAGAGGUGCAGAAGCUCAACCGGGAAAAUGCUGAGAGAUCAGACCCUAAUCUCCCCCCUGGACUCCUGGACCUGGAGGCUGGGGGGGCCCUGGAGCCAGAGCGGGGCUCCCCUAGCCCCAACUUGCUCGACUUCAUCCUGGAGGUCCCCAAGGCUCCUGUGGCAGAAGAGGAGGAGGAAGAGGACCCAGGUGACGGGCUGAAGGAGGGCGUUACAGAGGUGUCUGCUUCAGUGGACGAGACAGAUCUCCGCGAAUGCAAGCUCAGUGAGGUGGAUGUUCUGAAGGAGAAAGAGGAGAAACAGAAGGAGGAGGAGAUCAAGGCUAACGCUUCCUCCGAAGACGCCUCAGAACCUGUCAUACUGCCGGAGCUCCCUGUUAGUCCCCAUACUCAAAACGAGACAGACUCCAUUCCUGACAGCCGUGAAGACAACAAAAGUGCCUUCCCAUCUCUGGAGGCCGAGCUGGACCAGAUGGCGGAGGUCAACGCCAGUAGCAAGCGGCGGGGCACUGAGGAGGACCUCAGCGUGGAGGACCACAAGAAGAGUCGGGUGGAGCGCGGAGAGGAAGAGGAGGAGCAGAGGGAGGAGGACACGGAGGAGAAGGAAGAGCAGCGUGCCGAGUCUGAAGGCUGGGGGGUCUUCAAGGCAGAUGGAGUUGAAAUCCGGGUGAAGCUGAAGGAGAUGCUGGAGAAAGAACAGGAGGAAGACACAGAAGGGGAAGACGAUGUCAAUGUCGAACGGUUCUUUAUCGACACUGCUCCCCCUCCGGCUGCUCCAUUCAACCACCGGAUAGUGUCUGCCAAACCCAACCAGAUCAAUAACUUCUACACCAUCAACCGACAGGAGAUCCUAGGGGGGGGUCGUUUUGGCCAGGUGCACAAAUGCAUCGAAAACUCCUCUGGACUCACCCUGGCAGCCAAGAUCAUCAAGGCCAGAAGUCAGAAAGAGAAGGACGUGGUGAAGAACGAGAUCCAAGUCAUGAAUCAGCUGGAUCACGCCAACCUGAUCCAGCUCUACGCUGCCUACGAAUCCAGGAAUGACAUCAUCCUCGUGCUCGAAUUUGUGGAUGGAGGCGAACUCUUUGACAGGAUCAUUGAUGAGAACUACACCUUAAAGGAGCUGGACACGGUGGUUUUCAUCCGGCAGAUCUGUGAGGGCCUCCAGCACAUGCACAAGAUGUACAUCCUCCACCUCGACCUGAAGCCUGAGAACAUACUAUGUGUGAGCAGGGUCACAAAUAAAAUCAAGAUCAUCGACUUUGGCCUUGCCAGAAUAUACAAGCCCAGGGAGAAGUUACGAGUGAACUUCGGCACUCCAGAGUUCCUGGCUCCAGAGGUGAUAAACUACGACUUUGUUUCCUUCAACACAGACAUGUGGAGUCUGGGAGUCAUUGCAUACAUGCUCCUCAGCGGUCUUUGUCCUUUCCUGGGGGACGAUGACAACGAGACUCUGAACAACAUUCUGGCCUGUCAGUGGAACUUUGAUGAAGAGGAGUUUUUACACAUCUCCGACCAGGCCAAGGACUUCAUCUCCAAGCUCCUCGUCAUCAACAAAAGCUGGAGGAUAGGAGCCUCAGAGGCCUUGAGGCAUCCUUGGCUCUCUGACUCGGCCCUCCAUCACCGGCUCCAUGAAAAGAAGACAAUGUGCCGUUCCCGCCGGUCCUCAUGCGUGCCUCCUACAGAUAGUUGAGCGCGACGACUUGAUUGCCCUAGCUGUGGCCAACUGGACCAAUCCUGCUGUCCUCCUGUAAGAUCACCUGCGCAUCUGUGAAGAUGAUAAUGUGUUAUCACAUUAUCUUUGAUCAAGUAACUGCAUGGCAAUCAAGUAUUAUGUCAAUGUAUAAAUGAAAUUGUAUCAAAAGAUUGAAGAAAAAUACAUUGCUAUUAAUUGCAGUAGAUUUGUGGUUUGAUUAUUCUUAUUAUGAGUAAAUUGGAGGUUUGUUUUUGUUUUAAGCCCUACAGCAGAUCGUCUGAUAGUUCUGCAAUGACUUCAGUGAUUCUUCCCUUACAUAGAUUAGACAUCCAGUUUACAUUUACCUUUUAGAUAUUUAGCAGUCUCUUUUUAUCCAAACUGAUGUACAAAUAAAACAUGCUCCACAAGGAAGUGGAGCAGAUAAUCAUAGGCAAGAAGUGCACAUUUCUCUACCUUUUGCUUUCUAUUCUUGUUAGACACAAAGGAUGACAAGGAAUGUGGUAUGCUAUGAUGAUAAUGUGUGGAUUGUGUUCAGAGGUUCAGUACUGUUCUCCACAUGGCACUGUGGAAUGAUGUAAGAGUAUGUACAUUAAGGAGUUUUCCUCUCAACUUGACUGAUUUCGUUUUUUGGUUGUUUUUAAGCAUUUGACAUCCACCUUAAUUUAUAAUAAAGGAUACUGCGUUCAAGCAAGGAACUGAAUAAAGAUAUUUCUAGGUCUCUGAGGCCAUACAGCCCAUGUCAGGUUUGUAAAAUAUGUAUUUCAGUUUUCUGUUUUCAUAAGCUGUAGGUGCACUUUAUAUUGUUAUUUAUUUGAACAUUUCUUUUUCAAUUUAGCUAAUCCUAGCAGUCAAGAAAUAUUAUGUGUUAGAAUUUGUACAUUUGUUGUCAUGUCCUAUAUUUUUUCAUUCUUCUGUCUGUGUGUAUGGAAAAAAUAUUUUUACUUUAUAUUAAAAUAAUUCAAGUCUUAUGAUUCUCCAUAUUCUUUUAAUCGUUCAUUUGUAUUUGUGUCAAUAUCAAAACGUUUUUGACUGUUGUGUAAUCUUGCUUGCAUGAGCUCAAUAUUAAAAUCAAUACAUACUCAAACAACAUAUUUAGAAAUGUAAAAAAAUAUGUGCUUAUUGACUUGCACUUAUAAACAGUUUUGUCUCUUGUAAUUUGUAUUAAAUGUUUGAAUGCAUGUAAUUGUGUUUUAAUGUAAUCCAAUGUACUUGUAAUUGUUCAUGCUACCUUCCAUGAAGGGUUACUGUAGCUGUUGUAUACUACCUAUGAAUUAUUAGUUACCAUUUGAAAGUGGAGUAAAGAAACAUUCAACAUUAGAUAUUUGUCAUUUUUAUUAAAUAUUUUCUUUUCUUAUAGUUUUUAUUUGUGUAGACUGUGUGGAAUUACUUGAUUUCAUAGUUGCUACUUGUUUUUAACAAUUGGAUUCUUUGUAAACACAAAACAACAUAACAUGGUUAGUCCUCAACAAUGGGUAAAACCAAGACAAUUCUGUGUGCUUGUUGGGGUGUGUAGCAAGUCAAAACAUUUAAUAAACAUAGCAUAACAUCUAAAUCUUCUUCUUACAAAUUGUAUUAUUUGGGAUUUUGGAGAAAACACUUCUGUGAAGUACCUUUGUGGAACUUGUUCUUGUGACUCAAACAGUGAAAUAAACAUAUUAAUG